AGGGGGUGGGGGCCCAGAAGGGUAAGUCCCCUCCUUCGCCGGCUACCCACCCACUCACCCACCGCAAGCCGGCGUUUUUCUUGUUAUUUGUGCUCUGGGAAAGCACGCCGGGUUCCUGGAAGAGCCGCCUGUUACCUGGGCUCUCAGGAAAAGCCGCAGCCCCAGGAUCUGCGCCUGCCCCUGCCCCCACCCUGGGGCCUCAGAGCAUCUGGGCCACCCUGUCCGGGAAGAGGCCCUGCACUCGGCCAGCAGCCUGGAGAGUCACCGAGGGAUGAGGACGCCACAGCCCGGGGGAGCACCCUUUCUGCUCUCGCGGCCCCGAGCGCGCAGCGCCCAGGAGCCGGAUAGAGCCUGACGCCCUGUCGUCUCCCCUCGCGCACAGGGCUCUGCGAGUGAUCCGGCCGCCCAGCUCCCUGCUGCAUGGAACGGCUGCAGAAGCAACCACUUACCUCCCCUGGGAGCGUCAGCUCCUCCCGAGGCUCCAGUGUUCCCGGCUCUCCCUCCAGCAUCGUGGCCAAGAUGGACAAUCAGGUGUUGGGCUACAAGGACUUGGCUGCCAUCCCCAAGGACAAGGCCAUCCUGGACAUCGAGAGGCCUGACCUCAUGAUCUACGAGCCCCACUUUACCUAUUCUCUGCUGGAACACGUGGAGCUGCCCAGAAGCCGGGAGCGCUCGCUGUCACCCAAAUCCACAUCCCCCCCACCAUCCCCAGAGGUGUGGGCAGAGAGCCGGUCCCCUGGAACCCUCUCUCAGGCUUCAGCCCCAAGAACCACUGGCACUCCCCGGACCAGCCUGCCCCAUUUCCACCAUCCUGAGACCACCCGCCCAGAUUCCAACAUCUACAAGAAGCCACCCAUCUACAAGCAGAGAGAGUCCACAGGAGGCAGCCCUCAGAGCAAGCACCUCAUUGAAGACCUCAUCAUCGAGUCAUCCAAGUUCCCUGCAGCGCAGCCUCCCGACCCCAACCAGCCAGCCAAGAUCGAAACGGACUACUGGCCGUGCCCCCCAUCGCUGGCCGUUGUGGAGACAGAAUGGAGGAAGCGGAAGGCUUCGAGGAGGGGGGCAGAGGAGGAGGAGGAGGAUGACGACGAUGACUCCGGGGAGGAGAUGAAGGCUCUCAGGGAGCGUCAGAGAGAGGAACUCAGUAAGGUUACUUCUAACUUGGGAAAGAUGAUCUUGAAGGAAGAGAUGGAAAAGUCAUUGCCUAUCCGGCGGAAAACCCGCUCUCUGCCUGACCGGACACCCUUCCAUACCUCCUUGCACGUGGGAACAUCGAAGUCUUCUUCCCUCCCCGCCUACGGCAGGACCACCCUGAGCCGGCUCCAGUCCACAGACUUCAGCCCAUCCGGGAGUGAGACCGAAAGCCCAGGCCUGCAGAACGGAGAGGGCCAGAGGGGGAGGAUGGACCGGGGGAUCUCCCUUCCCUGUGUGCUGGAGCAGAAGGUCUAUCCUUAUGAAAUGCUGGUGGUGACCAACAGGGGGCGAACCAAGUUGCCUCCAGGUGUGGAUAGGAUGAGGCUUGAGAGGCACCUGUCAGCAGAGGACUUCUCAAGGGUCUUUUCCAUGUCUCCCGAAGAGUUUGGCAAGCUGGCUCUGUGGAAGCGAAACGAACUCAAGAAAAAGGCCUCUCUCUUCUGAUGGCCCCCACCUGCUCUGUGACUGACCCUCACCCUUGCUGC